CGGGCGCUGCCGCAGGAAUAUGCUGGAAGGCUGCGGGCUGGCGCCCCGGAGGUGCUGAAGGGACAGUUCCCGCCGGCGAACUUGCCCCGCAGAGAGCGGGUGUGGCGGCUCGGCCCCGGGAACGGGCGAGCCCCGGGAGCGAUGGAGACCAUCUGGAUCUACCAGUUCCGCCUCAUUGUGAUCGGGGACUCCACGGUGGGCAAGUCGUGUCUGCUGCACCGCUUCACCCAGGGCCGCUUCCCGGGGCUGCGCUCCCCGGCCUGCGACCCCACGGUCGGCGUGGACUUCUUCUCCCGCCUGCUGGAGAUCGAGCCGGGCAAGAGGAUCAAGCUGCAGCUGUGGGACACGGCGGGACAGGAGCGGUUCAGAUCAAUAACUCGGUCUUACUACCGCAACUCAGUUGGGGGAUUUUUAGUAUUCGACAUUACUAAUCGGCGCUCUUUUGAACAUGUGAAAGAUUGGUUGGAAGAAGCAAAAUUGUAUGUACAGCCAUUUCAAAUUGUAUUUCUCCUGGUGGGACAUAAAUGUGACUUAGCUUCACAGCGUCAAGUUACAAGAGAGGAGGCAGAAAAACUGUCCGCGGACUGUGGAAUGAAGUACAUUGAAACGUCAGCUAAGGAUGCUACAAAUGUUGAGGAAUCCUUCACUCUCCUGACCAGAGACAUCUAUGAACUUGUUAAAAAGGGAGAGAUUUGUAUUCAGGAUGGCUGGGAAGGGGUAAGAAGUGGUUUUGUUCCAAAUACUGUGCAUUCUUCAGAAGAGGCGGUAAAGCCCAGGAAAGAGUGUUUCUGUUGACUUCAGCCAUGCCAAAGAACUGAGUGUAGAUGGGUAUCAUCACAGUGUGAAUUCCAACAUUUACCACAGAAUGACACAGUGAAAGCAUCUAAGAAGUGAUAAGCCUGCCUGCAAUGAUGCUGUGUGUGAGUGGUUAGCUUCACGGCACUCUGCUUAUUUGUUACCCUACUGGAUAGGGUCAUUUGUGAAAUUACCACGCAAAGCAGACAACAUUUUCUUGAAACCCAAAUGUCUAUGUAAUUACCUCCAUUCUCACUUUGCUAGCAUGUAGCAGACCUUAGUGUCCAGACACGUCGAUAUUACGCACUUUUCUUGACAGUUAUUACUCACUUUUCUUGACAGUUCUAAAUGGGUUUUUGUACACAUAUAGUCUGAUUAAAAACAUUUUUAUCAGGA